GGGCGAUGGCCAAGGCUCCGCGGGCGCUCCCGGCGCUCACAUCCGGGGCUGGCUCUGGCGAAUGGGAAGCGCAACGAACCCGGAAAAAUCAUCACCAUCAUCAUCAUAACAACCCCCAAAAGCCGCGGCGGCCAAGGCAGCGCGAUCCUCGGGGCCGACGCGCAGAGACGGGCGCUUUGCACCCAGGCUGCCCGGCGCUCGGAUCUCCCCGGCCAUGUGCGCGCGGGGUGGGUCCUCCGGCUGGAGCCCCCACGCCAGCCCCAAAGCGCGCAGGGCGAGGGAUGCUAGCAGUGCCUCGGAAUGCCUUAUGUAGACCGUCAGAAUCGAAUUUGCGGAUUCCUGGACAUUGAGGAUAAUGAAACCUGUGGAAAGUUCCUGCGCCGGUAUUUUAUUCUGGAUACCAAAAUCAACAGUCUUUUGUGGUACAUGGACAAUCCUCAGAAUCUGGCUGUGGGCUCAAAAGCAGUAGGAUCUCUACAACUGACCUACAUCUCUAAGGUCAGCGUGGCUACCCCCAAACAAAAACCGAAAACACCAUUCUGUUUUGUUAUCAACGCCUUGUCUCAGCGCUAUGUCUUGCAAGCAAAUGACCAAAAAGAUCUCCAGGACUGGGUGGAAGCGUUGAAUACUGCCAGCAAGAUUACGGUGCCGAAGCAUGGAAGUUUGUCGCUAGCCACAGAAGCAGGAAGGCACCCAUAUAAGACUGAGAUCAUUGGAGGAGUCGUCGUGCAGACACCCAUCUCGGUCAACCAGAAUGGAGGAGAUGGCUCUGAAGGCCACGAGCUUUCAUCUCACCCUUUGUUGAAGCGGUCUCAGAGUUACAACCCCAGUAUCAAAACACCAGUGGGACCUCUAGUCCUCAAGAGCGGUUACUGUGUCAAGCAGGGGAACGUAAGAAAGAGCUGGAAACGCCGUUACUUCAUGCUGGAUGAAACUUCUGUCAAUUAUUUCAAAUGCGAGCAGGAUAAAGAGCCCUUGCGGUCAAUCCUCCUGAAGGAUGUGCUGAAGACUCACGAAUGUCUCGUCAAAUCUGGUGACCUUCUAAUGAGGGACAAUCUCUUUGAAAUUAUAACAAGCUACCGGACCUUCUAUAUCCAGGCCUACAGCCCUGAAGACAUGAAAAGUUGGAUCAAAGAGAUUUCGGGUGCGGUGCAGGCAUUAAAGAGCUGUCCCAGAGAAAUGUCUUUGGUGAGAUCAGUGUCAAUGGAUAAACGGGGUAGUCCCAUCUUGUCCAGCUCCACCACGUCAUCCAUUGCGUGGCUAAAGCAGCGAGGAGAGGAGUCCAGGGUUGGUCACAAAGGUCCCUCCACUUCUUGCUGGCUGCCGUGGAUGCCUGUGCCGCAGUUGGAGGAGAAGCAACAGCCGAUAUCCAAGGAACAGGCUGAAGAGCUGAGCAACUCUGGGUUUGCCCCUGUGUCUGCUGAACGACAUGCUGGUGAGACCCAGGUCAGGCGUGUCCGACAUAGGUCGGAACCCCAGAACUUUAAAGAGCACCGCUUUCUGAUUGACUUGGAGGAUGAAAACAUCCGAACCUCAGAUGUGUGAUUGUGCAGCAAGGUGGACGUUGCCAGGAAACAGGCAUUUUAAGGAUGGGAUGUUCUGGAUGAACACUAGUUAGCUUGCACCAGCUCCAGACGGAACAGAUACUGCAAUGCAACAAAUUUAAAGCUGAGAAGAAUCUACACUUACAUGUGGAUUGUAUGUUCUGCUGGAGUCUUCUCCAGAUCAAGCACAAGUCAGAGGGUUGCCAGAGUAUUCAAGAUGAUCCUGUUUCAAGUUUGUUGAGGAUGCAAAACCAUACAAAGGGUUCUCACAUUCACCACGAGAAGCUGUUCCUUCCGCCAUCAUUGCUUCCUGUCUGGUGAAGGGAAGGCCACAUUGUUCAGUUGGAGGCCUUGAUAAACAUGACACUUUCCUGUCUGUUUGUGCAAAAAGGCUUUACUAGAAUUACCUGGACCAUACAGCAACUUAGUAUAUCUACUCUUCCUGUUGUGGUAGCUUGAUCAGUGGAUGAAUUGAAGGCAGUUCACCUUGUUUAAUGUCCAAAUCUUAGGCUAGGAAGAGAGCUUGGAAUUCCUUCCUUCCUUCCUUCCUUCCUUCCUUCCUUCCUUCCUUCCUUCCUUCCUUCCUUCCUUCCUUCCUUCCGUCCUCCCUCCCUCCCUCCCUCCCUCCCUCCCUCCUUUCUCUUAAGGAUGAAAGUCUCAAAUGAGAAUAUGAGGUUCCGGUACUUAUCUGAGUUACAAGCUAGUCAAGAUGUUGAGCUCUUCAUAAUAUAAUUGUAUGCAGCAGGUAGCUUGGCUACCAAAAGUAACAUGGCAAAGUGAAAAACAUCCCUCAACAAAUUCUAAGAAAAUUCAACAGCAGUCUGGCAAUAAGGUGUACAUAAAAAUCUAUACCGAAGAAAGGAAUUUUCAAGAAAUUGGAGAGAGGAAACAGAGCAAAGACAUCCUCAUUGAAACAGCAUCUUUUUCAGUUCUUCUUUGGGGCCUAUGAGACUGUGAAAAAAAUAAUAAUGGAGAUACCAAAAAGGUUUUUUCCGUAGCGAAUAUCAAAUGGUACUUUAGUAUUGAGCAAUGAGGUUGUCGUAUGCUGGGCCAUACCAAGUAAUUGUUUUAAUGACUGCGCAGGAUUGAUGGAAUAUUCCAGAUUGGGAUCUUUCCCGGUAACCUUUGGAUCCUGGGCACCUGGGAGGGGGUGCAAGCAGGUGAUAUCCCCCGACAUUUUGAUCUAUCGUGACAAUAGUGGAGAUGAUGAACACCUUGCAAGGAGCAGGAAGAUGUAGGUUUCGCUUAGCUUUUGCAAGACUGCUUCUUUCUCCUUUGGAAUUUCCAAGGACAGCUGGGCUGGAGGGCAGAAGAAAUUCAGUUCAGAAAAGGUGGGAGUCAGGAAUAUCUGGCUGUCACACAAAGGAGAAGAAAGGAUGAUCAACAGGACAACAGAAAUUGAAGAACCACCCUUCCAAAACAAAAUCCAGCUUCUUGCUUUGUUCUCAUGUUAAGUCUUUCCCAAACUGGGACCUUGCAAGCUGUAGCUACCGUGCUUUCAUUUGGGCAAAGCUACGGUAAAUGAAGAUGAGUUCCUAGUCUGCACUAAGUCAGCAGGUAGAGGGUACAGGAAGUUCUGGAUGAUGAGUAGAGGGAGGAUGAAAACUCUUCUACGUAGAUCUGUUCCCAUUCUUCAAUAUUUCCUAGUACUGGCGAGAAUCCCAAUGUAGUCAUCUUACUCCCCUUAAAAGAAAGCAGAACUUCAGCAGACAUUGCAAGCACAGCAGUGGCGGUACAGAUUUGCGACUUGAAAAUGCACAAUGCUUAUCUUGACUUCCGAUAGUUGGCAGGAAGCGUGCUUUGCAGCAGAUGCGAAGGAACCGCGCUCCCAUUUUGAGCCCUAGGGCUUACGGUUAAAUCCUGUGUUCAGAUGUGCAAAGACUACUCUCUUGCAGAAUAUUGUGAAAUGUCUGUAAGAUCAAGAUUCUCAGGUGUGCAUCUUUUUGUACCUCAGUUAAUUCAGGAACAUAAGAGGUUGGGUUUUUUUUUUUUAAAAAAAAAGCAGCGUGAUCUCUCCUGUUGAGCCAGUUGGGUAUUUUGCUGUUGCUUCCAGAUUGGGUGCCAAGCAUUUGACAAAAUAAUAUUUGCUUGAGAUGCGACGCUGUCGGUGAAUUCGAACCCCUAACCAUCGUGGAUAUUGCAAGGGAAGAAUAGUGGCUGAAAUCAUCUACAUUAUUCUUACCUCCUCAAAGGGGGGGGGGAAGGAAAACGAAAACUUUAGCUGCAGCCGGUGUAAUUUAGAGAAUUUGAAUAACUUGCAUCUUUUCCCCCCCCCCCUUUCUGAUGUCAUGGAAUUCUUGCGAUGGGCAUAACUCGGUCCGCAGCCUUGUGUGAAGGCUGCUAUUCAGACUUGGAAGUAAGCUGCAAAACUCAAGUUAAGAGAUCAUGCUGCUCUUUGGUUUUAUCAUUCAUAAUUCAGAGGCAAGGAAGGAAAAAAGCAGGGUAAUAAAGCGUUAUGUUGUGGGCCACUUGAUUGUUUUUUUGGACACCCGCUGGAAGGUGUGCUUUUUACUUGUAAAUGAGUCCUGUGAUGUUAAAGGGGGUUUGUUCCCAAAUCAAUAGACCCACAAUUGCAGCUUUUGUCCACUUCUAUGCUCUGGAGAUUUUUUUAGCCAUUGUUAAUACAUAAAAUUAUGACCAGAA